AUGCCAGCACCAGUGAUUUAUGGAGACCCAAAGAUUCGAUCGACCGACACUGGUUCUGUAUUCCUAGAGGUUGUCGUCACCGGUGCCGAUCCAUCGAAAACAAAAUGGAUGCUGAACGACAAGGAGCUGGAGCAGAACGAAUGCUAUGUCUUUGGGCACACCGACGAAGGAGGAAACAGAAAUAAACUAACAUGUGAAAUUAAGGUUCUCGCCCUCGUUUCCGAAACGGCACCUCCUUCGACAACUCGUUUUAUUUUUUUAUUCUUUGGAAAAGCAGUGCCAUAUCAAGGUAAUAGUAACUGA